GAUCCGAAAAUGAUGCAGUUGUCACUUUGACAAACUACUUUACUUGAAUUGAACUCGGUCAUGCCCGUGCGGGCCAUUGAAUUUUAUAGUGGUAUAGGUGGCCUGCAUCUCGCACUUCGCCAAAGUCGUGUGGCGUGUUCCCCUGUAAAAGCGUUCGACUGGGAUCAAACUGCAUGUCAAGUAUAUGCAUCUAACUAUGACGCCAAAAUAAUCACCAGGAUAGACAUAUCGACCCUUUCUGCGGUAGAUCUGUUAUAUUUGCAUGCUGACGUCUGGCUCCUAUCCCCGUCGUGCCAACCUUAUACCAUCUUGAACCCUGCUGCUAGAGGAGAAGCAGACCCUAGAGCGAAGUCGUUUCUUCAUCUGAUCGAUCAUGUUUUGCCGGAUCUCGCUGCCCAGGAUUCGCAGCCUCGCUACAUACUCAUCGAGAAUGUAGCGGGCUUCCAGGACUCGAUGACAAGGAGACGUUUAGUUGAUACCCUCCAACGGCUCGGCUACGUUGUUGCUGAGUUUCUUCUCACUCCUGUACAGUUUGGCAUCCCCAAUUCGCGACUGAGAUACUACCUUCUUGCGAAAUUAUCCCCCCUCCGGUUCUCUGGCCUUCAUGAAUCUCACUUCGAUCGAAUUCAUGAGACGAUACCAGGAACUAUAUUAGACAUUCCUGUACACUCGCUACGUGAAUAUUUGGACCCUGUACACGAGGACGGAAUUUCUACACGUCAUAAUAUCCCCGACCGAGUACUUUCAAAGUGGGGUCGUUUAUUCGACAUCGUACUGCCAUCUGGUCGGCGGACCUGUUGUUUCACGAGGGGUUAUACACAACUUGUCGAGCGUGCAGGCUCCAUACUCCAGGUGAAUGAGGACCUUGACACCACCGAGGUCUUUGACAGGUUUCUUGAAGCUCGAUCACGGGGAGAUGAAGAUGCCGUUCGCGUCCUAGAUCAGCUACACCUUCGGUAUUUUACCCCUAGCGAACUCUUGAGGAUCUUUCGAUUCGAGGAGCCAAAGUCCAAUCAACAGUUUUUGUGGCCACCCACCAUAUCUCUAAAAUCACAGUACCGGCUCAUUGGAAAUAGCGUCAAUGUGGAAGUCGUGCGGCACUUGAUCGAUUAUCUUUUUGAUGAUGAAGAAUUUACAACGUGAUUAUGGACAUCUCUUGCUCUCUUGCUUGAUAGCAGCAUUGAUUUCAUGGAGUCAUAUUGGCCCUACUCUCGGUCUCUCUCGGCCAGAGCCCAGAGCCGCAAAAAUAUGCUUUGGUUCCGCACCUACAUUCGGGCUGGUCUAAGGUUCAGGUUCAAGAUAUAAUUUACUGGCUUAGUGUACCAUUUCGAGGUGUCUGGUUGUACGUGGUCAGGCUGUCCAGCCACGUGUUUGCUGGCCGAAGAACAAGGUCAAGUCAAUAUGCUCCUCGGGCGUCAUUUAUCAUCGUAAUGACUAAGUGAGACUACCAAUGACACAACUUCACGUUGCAAUCUUCAAUUUUUUUGGUCUCGUCACGCAUGAUGUAUAUAUUCUUAGCUAUAGUGUGUACAGUAGAUGAGCACCUAAUAUUAUUGAUACUAUUAAA